CAGUUGACAGAGUGGACUCGAAUUGUAUUCUUCUCUCUUACACAAGCAACUUGCAGUGCAGCCGAAUCUAGAGAAAAUACUGGAAAACCGUUAUAAAAAGAUAAAUCGGCCACUAAUGGAGAGAAACUCUGCCUCCACUUCACUGCCGGUGGUACUAAUUCGGAGUACAACCAUCUUGAAACAUAUAUCGCGAUUAUUCAACUGAAUUCAAGGAACAGUGAGGGUAUGGAUCAUCUGAUUCACAAGAUCAGAAGUCGAAUCUUGGCGUGGCUCCAUCGUUCUCGCUCUGGGAAGAUAUCAUUUUUAAGGUGCUUUUCAUACAAGGAUAUAAAGAGGGCAACUGAUGGCUUUCACAGGAUAAUCUAUAGCAAUUCUCAAGGUGCUGCUUACAAGGCAACAUUUCAAGAUGGGGGGAUUGCUUUGGUGAAGGAAGUUAAAGCUUUUACUGGAGAUGAAAAUGCUUUUAAUAGGGAGCUGGAAGUAUUAGCGAGCUUGCAUCACCGUCAUUUACUCGCACUUCGAGGUUUUUCCUAUGGACACAAAAGGUUCUUGGUGUUCGACAAUAUAGAAAAUGGAAGCUUGAAGGAGCAUCUAAAUGAUCCUCUUAAGACUCCAUUGAGUUGGAAGACAAGGCUAGAGAUAGCCAUCAGUGUCGCAGCUGCAUUGGAAUAUUUGAUUCUCUUCAUCAAUCCGCCGAUACAUAUUGUCUCCAUUAGCUCAAGCACUAUCAUGUUGGAUGAGAACUUUACUGUGAAGCUAUCUGAUGUUGGCCUUCUUGGUUCCACUGGACAUCAUGUUAAAAUGCCUCCUGCCUUGUCUUUAGAAGAUGGUCGGGGUCAGGAAUGUGAUGAUAUAGUCUUUCAGCUAGGCGUGCUGAUCCUGGAGCUAGUGACUGGUCAAUCGUCAGGGGAGGGAGGUACCGACUUAAUUGAAUGGAUCCAAGAGGCUCACUUCAGCAGUUCCAUUUAUAAGAUGAUAGACCCAGAUCUUGGAAACAAUUAUGAUUCUAGGGAGCUUAAAAUACUUUUGGCAGUGGCGAGAUUGUGCAUAAAACCCGUCAGUAGGCCAACAUGUUCAAUUCCGCAAAUAUUUAGGUAUCUCCAGAAGAAGGUAGAUAUUUCACAAGACUAGUUUCUACAUGGAAAUUUUCCAUUAUCCAAACGUUGAUCGUUACGUUUCAAUCAUGAAGAGAUGCCAAUCAA